AUGGACAGGUACGAGACAGCAGACCACGACUAUAUGCAUGCCAAGGACUACUUCAACAACUACAAGUUUGGCUAUAUUGAAAGAACAACAAAGAUGCUUUUACUGCAGAGCUUGAAAGUGGAGGAUAGAGAAGCACAGGAUCUGCUGACAAUACUAAGCAGCAGCAAGGCACAGCUGAAGAGUGUGAAGUCUGUUGGUAGUGAUGCAUCUAAGCUGAUUGCAGAACUAUCGGAAGCAACACAUGAAAUGGAGCUGCGGCUGAGGGAGUGUGAAAAGGCGCUGCACGAAGAGCAGCAGAGGGAAAUGGAUCUUGCAGAGGAGUAUUCACGAAUAGAGGCGCUUGAUGAGAAUUUGAAGUCGUAUGAUGAGCUUGUGAUUCAAUUUGAUAAGAAAUGCCAGGAUAUUCAACAGCAUGUUGAUAAAAUUGAUUUGCUAAAGAAAAAGCUGGCAUUGCUGGAGACGACUGAUGCAGAAGAAGAUCUACGAGGCAUGCGUGCAAAGAAGGAAAAUCUUUCUGCACGGCAAAGGCGACUGUCGUUGAUAGCCAUGGAGAAUUACAUGGAAGAAUCGUAUGCUUGGUAUAGCCGAGCGGUUGAAUUUGUUAAAAACAUGUUUGGAAUACAAAUAGUGACGGUUGAGCAAGAAAACAACGAAAUGUAUAUGAGGUUUAAAGCAUUGGCAAGCGAUGUUGGAAUAUUUGUAAAGGACGGUGCAGUAGUGGAUUGCAAACUUUACAAUGCGAAUAACGAGAUUCUUGAGAAUAUGUUUAAGAGUAUAAGUAAGGUUGCAGUGCUUAUAAAUGAGCCAAGGAUGCUUUUUAUGCUAGCAUACGGUAUAUACAAUGGACAGGGACGCGGUAAUGCAGUUGAGGAUGUGUGA